GCUCCUUAGCUCCUCACCCUCUUCUCUCUCUCUCUCUCUCUUUCUCGCUCUAAAGAGUGGUGUUUGGUUUGUAGUGAGAGAGAAAAUGGCUGUGGGCGUUGUGGUCUGCUUUGCUUCCCUUAUCUCGUUAUUCUCACUCGUUCAAGCUAAAAUUCCUGGCGCCUACUCCGGCGGUGCUUGGCAGAGUGCUCACGCCACCUUCUACGGUGGCAGUGACGCCUCUGGCACUAUGGGUGGAGCUUGUGGAUACGGUAACCUUUACAGCCAAGGGUACGGCGUGAACACAGCUGCACUGAGCACAGCACUCUUCAACAAUGGACUCAGUUGCGGCGCUUGUUUCGAACUCAAGUGCGCCAAUGACCCCACGUGGUGCCACUCCGGCAGCCCCUCCAUUCUUAUCACCGCUACCAACUUCUGCCCACCAAACUAUGCUCUUCCCAGCGACAAUGGCGGCUGGUGCAACCCUCCCCGCCCCCACUUCGAUCUCGCCAUGCCCAUGUUCCUCAAGAUCGCUGAGUAUCGUGCCGGGAUCGUCCCCGUGGCUUUCCGCCGGGUGCCGUGCCGUAAGCAAGGAGGGAUUAGGUUCACGAUCAACGGCUUCCGGUACUUCAAUCUGGUUCUGAUCACCAACGUGGCAGGCGCAGGGGAUAUCGUGAGGGCGAGCGUAAAAGGGUCGAAGACAGGGUGGAUGAGCCUGAGCAGGAACUGGGGUCAAAACUGGCAGUCAAACGCAGUGCUGGUGGGGCAAUCGCUGUCGUUCAGAGUCACGGGGAGUGACAGGCGCACAUCAACAUCCUGGAACAUCGCACCAGCGCAUUGGCAGUUCGGUCAAACCUUCAGCGGCAAAAACUUCAGGGUGUGAUCAUUGGUCAUCAACAACUCAACACUUCGAAUUUUCCCGCCUUUAUAUAUUUCCAUAUUUACCCUUCUUGGCGCCAAAAUAUUAGAUUUUACUUUCUUUGUCUUUUGUCUUUUUUUUUUUGACUGUAUGGUGAGUGGUGGGUGACUUUAGUAUUGAAGACUGUGAGGGAGGGAAAUUGGGGAGGUUUUGGUAGGAAAAAGAAAAAGUGUGAGUGCUUUUUUGACUAUUGUGUGGGAAAUGGGAAUUUGUGAAGUCCAAGGGAAAAGGUGAAAGUUCAAGGAAUAGUAGGGAAAGGCUGGAGAGGCUGCAGAAAUGUGUAGCCCGCAGCUUAUAAUAUUUGAGUACUUAUAUGUUAUAAUGUAAGAUGUAAUGUAAUCUUUAACAAUCAAUCUAUUGUAAUUGACAGUUGAAUUGGAAA